ACUCCACUCAACCUUAGCUCACUAUCAACCAUUUGCUAGACGCAAACCCUUUACAACAUUCAAACCACCAAAAUGCCUUCCUGCAAAGACUCCAUCUCUUCUACCCCAGCCGCGGUCUCGGGCGUCCCGACUCCAGCUACCCACACGGCUCCCACUUCGACGCGCGACACCCUCCACGCCGCUUCAGCUGCUCUGGGUCUCACGUCGCAAGGGCUAGACCUUUGCCCGCACUGCUUCCGCGAGAUGUCACACUGCAACGAAAGAUUCGAGUUCGCUUAAUUCCGUCAUACCUCGGUCGGCACGCUGGACGUCUCCGAUUCUGUUCGGCGUGUAUACUAUGAGGACCCUCCUCCGCAGCAACGGCGUGCCGUUGCCUAUCCCGAGGGGCUACGAUUUCCUUUUGGUUGUUUGAUACAUGUGGGAUGCUUUUUCCGAAAUCACGUGUGGCGUUGAGGUGGCUGGUGCUUUUUGGCCGUCGGGCAUGGCAUAAUUACCCCACUUUAAGAGCUGGAAUUGGCGUUGGCAUCAUAUACUUAUACUCUGGCUCGCUUCUCAAUUCAUCUCAAUUUGUUCAACUCCACUCGAAACUGCUCAUCAGCCCCAUGAUUGCGGGAAAUUCUAAUGGAUCGAUUUUCACCACGCCAGAACAGCAGCUAACCAUCGCAGCUACUGGACCCACCACGCAGGAGAUCAGAAUGCAGAUAAAGUUCC